ACUCAACUCGUCCUCUCUCUUUUAUUUCCUCGCGCAUUAGUCAAGGACAGUUACUGAUCCGCUCCACAUUCACUCUGUCAGUCGCUUUGGUUGCUUACAUUGCCUGCUACGGGAUAUUUGUGAUUGGUUCAUGCUUCCCACCCCUCCCUCUCUCCCGCGUGAUUGUAUGUAAAUCCGGUAGGGACCGAGCCGGUAGGUGAGGUUGGGGCUGGUGGCUCCUGCCUCGGUGGCGCACACGAGACCAGAGCGCAGCAGCGGUGAGAUCGCUGCGCCGUCGGAGCUGUCCACUCUGCUUGGUGCUGAACUCCCCGCUCCAUCGGCUCUACUGCACACAGAUGACAUUUUGGGAAAGGAUUGACAAACUCCCCUUUGACUGCUUAUAGGUGCAAACUUCUCCUGACGACAUAUCUUUCUUUCUUUUUCACGUCGGAAAUUACACUACGACAGCCGUGGAUUUGACCGGAGCUCGAGAUUAUCAUUAAUAAUAGUUUGUUGAGAAGUGUUGCUCUCCUUUGUCCACGACUAAUCUCGCUUGGAUUGUCCUCCUGGAUGGUUUACGUCUGGAAACACAGGAAAAGACCAAUGAAGACAGCCAGAUGGUGGUCGGCGGCAGUUUUAGUGUUGGGGCUUGCUGUGCUCUACGCCGAGGGGAGACCCAACAAGGAGGGAUUCGGAUUGCUGCCCUAUCGACCAGUCGUGAGAUUCCGACACAAGCAGGAUGGGAUCCCUGAGAGCUUGAGGAUAAAGGGUUUUAUGGGACACACUGACAAUCCAGGUCCAUGUGAACAUAAGUACUGUGGCUUGGGACGUCACUGUGUGGUCAACCAUGAGACGGGCCAAGGAGAGUGCACGUGCUUGGACACCUGUAAGCCACACUAUAAACCAGUGUGCGGUUCAGAUGGGAAGCUGUACCAGAACCAUUGUGAGCUGCAUCGUGCCUCCUGUCUCAGAGGACACAGGAUUAGCAUCGUGCACAGUGAGGAGUGCUUCUACAAAGAUGAUAACUGCAGACUGAGUGACUACCAUCGGCUGAAAACCAAGAUUCUGGAUCUGCAUGACAAACAGUACGUGGGCUCUAACAUCCACGGAGCCCACAAGGACAACAUGACUGCCAGGAAGCAACUGGUUGAUAUGAUGUUCAAACACUUUGACGCAGAUAAUAGCGGUCAAAUAGAUGCCAGCGAGCUCUCACAGGUAAUCAAGCAAGAAGGUCUGUCCAAGGGCUUCUCCGAGUGCACAUUGUUCGACCUAUUGAAGUACAACGAUGUCAAUAAUGAUGAGCGCCUGACAAAAGAGGAGUUUUACACAGCUUUUGAUGUGUACUUGCUCACGCUGCCAGAUGAUCAGAAAGUGAGCACCACUACAGUGACCGUUGGCCAGAGCACCGUGCUAACUUGUGCCAUCACAGGGGAACAGAAGCCUCACAUACUGUGGAAGAGAAACCACCAAUAUCUGAACUCCUUGAAUCUGGAAGACAUUAAUGACUUUGGGGAUGAUGGGUCACUGUACAUUACCAAGGUGACCACUACUCACAUGGGCAACUAUACCUGUCAUGCUGAUGGCUAUGAGAAACUCUUUCAGACUCACACCCUCCAAGUGAAUGUUCCUCCUGUCAUCCGAGUUUACCCAGAGAGCCAAGUCCGUGAGCCAGGCAUCACUGCCAGCCUGCGCUGCCAUGCUGAGGGCAUCCCUAGCCCCCAGCUGGCCUGGCUGAAGAACGGCAUGGACAUCACCACCAAGCUGUCCAAACAGCUCACCCUGCAAGCUAAUGGGAGCGAGGUACACAUCAGCAACGUGCAUUUUGAGGACACUGGCGCCUAUACCUGCAUUGCCAAAAACGAGGCAGGCGUGGACGAAGACAUCUCUUCGCUAUUUGUGGAGGACUCUGCACGCAAGACUUUGGCAAACAUUUUGUGGCGAGAAGAAGGACUUGGCAUUGGCAACAUGUUCUAUGUGUUCUAUGAGGACGGUAUCAAAGUCAUCCAGCCGGUGGCAUGUGAGAUACAACGACACAUUAAGCCCAGUGAGAAGCUGCUGGCUCUGCAGGAGGAGGUGUGCCCCACCUCACCAGGAGAGACGGUCCAGAGGUGUGUAUGGUCAUCAGCAGUCAAUGUCAAGGAUAAAUUCAUUUAUGUGACACAGCCAACCUUGGAUCGAGUGCUCAUAGUGGACAUCCAGUCUCAGAAGGCUAUCCAGACGGUCAGCACUGACCCUUAUCCUGUGAAGCUCCACUAUGACAAAUCUCAUGACCAGGUAUGGCUGCUCAGCUGGGGAGACGUAGAGAAGAACCUCCCUACUCUCCAGGUGAUCAGUCAGGCCAGUGGAAGAGUCUCCCACCACACUGUUCACACACAGCCAGUCGGCAGGCGCUUCGACAGGGUGGACGACUUCUUCAUUCCUGCCUCCAGCCUCAUCAUUAACCACUACAGAUUCGGCCUCAUCCUUCAUCAAAAUGAACCUGUCCUCCACAAGAUCGACCUGGACACGGCAUCAUAUGUGAAAAACAUCAGUUUACGAGAGUAUAACUGCACCCCCAAGUCUGUAGCCUACACCCAUCUUGGCGGCUACUAUUUUGUCAACUGCAAGCCUGACUCCACUGGCACCACCCAGCCCCAGGUCAUCCUGGACAGUGUGACAGACAGAGUGGUAGGACAAAACCACGAUGUCACCGGCACACCCUAUGUGUCUCCAGAUGGUCAUUACUUGGUCACUGUUGAUGAUGGUGAUGGUCUGAUGAGAAUCCAGACAAUAUCAGAGCGGGGAGAGAUCCAGGAGCCCUUUGACAUCCACACCAACCUCCACCUGUCUGAUCUGGCCUUCCAGCGCUCCUUCACAGAGGUCCACCAGUACAAUGUGUUUGGCAGCUCUGGCCGUCAGACCGACGCUUUGUUUGUCGAGCUGAGCAGCGGCAAAGUCAAGAUGAUCAAGAGCUUGAAGGAGGCCACCAAGUCAUUUGAAUGGCCAUGGAGCAGUAAGAACAGGGUAAUGGUGGGCAGCGGACUCUUCGGACAGUACCUCACAACCCCGUCCCGAGAGUCCCUCUUCAUCCUGGAUGGACGGCUCAACAAGCUCAACUGUGAGAUCACUGAUAUCCUCAAAGGCAACGUGGUGCUGUGGGUCGGGGAUUCUUAGGUCAUUAGAUCAAGCCCAGGUGAGCUUUGUUUUCCUCAAAAGUACUGUUGUACUAAAUUCUGUUACAGAUUCUUUGAUUUUGCGGGAGCACAAGAGUGAAAACCCACAGAUUCAGAAACCAAAUUGACCAUUUAUAAAUCCACUGGAUGAUCAACUGCCAUUCUGAU